AUGGGUCCACUCCAAAUCCUGGUGCUCGGCACCCUGGCCGCGUGCUGUGGGGCUGUGGCUGCACUCAACCCGAUCCUCCCCCGGGCCUGCAAUGACUUGGAAGUGCUAGCAGCUGCAGACUUUGCUCUGCAAGACAUCAACAGAGACCAGAAGGAUGGCUACAUGCUGAGCCUCAACCGAGUGAGCGCUGUCUGGGAGCACAGACAGGACAGCCUGGGGUCUCUGUUCUAUCUCGUGUUGGACGUACUACAGACUGACUGCCACGUGCUCAGCAGGAAGGCGUGGAAGGAUUGUGCUGUGAGGUCCCUGCACGAAUCGGUUUAUGGACAGUGCAAAGCAUUGUUUUACCUAAACAAGCCAAGAAGAAUCGUCUAUGCACCAGCUUAUAACUGUACUCUUCGCCCAGUUUCUCGAAGAAAGAUUUACUUCAUGUGCCCUGACUGUCCAAUCCCCACUACAACUGACAUGUCAAAUCCUAAGGUUUUGGACGCUGCCAUCAUAUCUCUUGAGAAAUUCAACCAGAAUAGCCCUUUGAAGCAAUAUUCUUUGGUUAAAGUCACCAAAGCUACUAGCCAGUGGGUCGUUGGCCCUGCUUUCUUUGUGGAAUAUUUAAUUAAAGAGUCCCCGUGUAACAAAUCACAGGCCAGUGGCUGCUCCCUUCAGUUCUCUGACUCUGUGAGUAUUCCUGAACUUCCCGUUGGCCUUUGCAAAGGUUCUCUGACUCAAACUGACUUAGAGAACUUUGUGUCCGUGACUUGUGACUUCUUUGCAACACAGGCACCUGCCCCUGGAACUCAAAACUCUGCUGGUAACCAAGGACCUUCGACUCUUUCCAAGGAGCAAGAGCCCCACCAGGAAAAUGUAGCAAGCACCGUCACCCCCUCUGAAGCCGUACCAAGAGGAACUAUCCAGUACCUCCCUGACUUGGAUGAUGAGAAGUUGAAAAACUCCCAGGGAGAGGGCUCUCGUGAGGCCUUCCCGGUGCAGCUGGAUCUAACCACAAAUCCCCAGGGAGAACCCCUGGAUGUCUCCUUCCUCUUCUCAGGGCCUGUGGAGGAGAGGCUGGUUGUCCUGCCUUUCCCUAAAGGACAACACCCUGCCGAAUGUCCAGGGAAACCCCAGGAUGCCAACCCUCUUGUCUUGCCACUGUGAAACCAGUGGAUUCCAUGGCAAUGCAGUCCUUUGUACAAGAUGAAAGGUGGGAAGACAGUGACACA